CCUUUGGGCUUUUGAGUCAUGAAACUCCUAGGCAUUUGUUUUGCGGAGUUUCAAUCAUGCCCCUUGCUUCUUGGUAUCACUCUUGCACUGUGCUUGUACCAAGUCUCCUCUGCCACCAACGAAACAGACAGACUUUCCCUGCUCGCAUUUAAGGCCGGCAUAACCGCAGAUCCUUUUGGCGUGCUCGACUCAUGGAACCAUAGCAUUGGGUUUUGCCAAUGGUAUGGCGUUACGUGCGGCCGGAGGCACAGGAGGGUCGCCGUCCUGGACUUAUCAUCACGGGGACUCUCGGGACCAAUCUCUCCUCAUAUCGGAAACCUCAGCUUCCUGAGGGAAUUGCGGCUCCAAAACAACAGUCUCGAUCAUGAAAUCCCUCCGCAAGUCAGCCAGUUGCGCCGCCUGCGUAUCCUACGGUUGAACAACAAUUCAUUGGUUGGUGAAAUUCCUGGAGAGCUCGGUUCAUUUCCGAAGCUACUGCAGUUCGAUUUGUAUGGUAAUAAUCUGUUCGGGAGUGUGCCUUCAACCAUUGGGAACUUAUCUUCACUGGAGAUCCUUCUUUUAACCUUGAACAACUUGGGUGGGAGCAUUCCCGAAGCCCUUGGCCACCUGGCAAACUUGCAAGUCGUGGCUUUUGGAGGAAACAGAUUGUCGGGUAUGAUUCCAUCUUCGUUACUCAAUCUCUCUUCGCUAAUUCAGUUUGAUGUUGGAAACAACCAGAUACAGGGGACUCUUCCUGCAAGCAUAGGCCUUAAACUCCCAAAUCUUGAAUUUUUUAGCGUUGCCGUGAACCAAAUUGAGGGGCCGAUUCCUCCAUCGAUAUCGAAUUGCACGAAGCUAGACUUACUUCAACUAGGACUCAACAGAUUUUCCGGGAAAGUACCUUCUUUGGAAAAUUUUCAUGAGCUUAGAUGGUUCCGAAUCUUUUAUAAUCAGCUUGGAAGUGGAAAACCCGAAGACUUGAGCUUCCUUUGCUCAUUAACUAACAGCACCAAGUUAGAGCACGCGGGUAUUCAGGGGAACAAGUUUGGUGGGGUGUUACCUAAAUGCAUAGGUAAUUUAUCCACCGCUCUCACAGUAUUUACUUUAGGCGAGAAUCAAAUAUCUGGUGAGAUUCCAGAAGAAAUUGGGAAUCUUGUCAACCUGGAAGUAUUGUUUAUGGAUCUCAACCAGCUUUCAGGCUUUAUCCCCUCAAAUUUGGGUAAUCUACGUAAUCUAGCGAGACUGGAAUUAAGUGAUAACAACCUAGGAGGGACUAUUCCAUCUUCUUUGGGAAAUCUAACCAAGUUGCUUGAAUUAUACUUUGGUGGGAACAACUUCCGUGGGCAAAUUCCUUCACAACUAUCAAACUGCCGGUCUCUUAAUUUGCUUGAUCUGUCUAGUAACAAUCUCGAUGGUGUCGUACCUCCACAGCUUAUAGGUCUCUCAUCUUUCGCGAUUAUUCUGAACUUGUCUCGCAACCGUUUGAUUGGAGUUCUGCCCACAGAAGUUCGCAACUUGAGAGCUUUGACCGCGCUGGACAUCUCAGAUAAUUUGUUGGUAGGUGAAAUCCCAAGUAGUUUAGGUGCUUGCACUGGAUUGACAUCACUGAGGAUGGGGGGCAACUUCUUCCAUGGGUCCAUUCCUCAGUCUAUCAGGUUGUUAGGAGGCAUUGAAGAACUAGAUAUUUCACGCAACAAUUUGUCGGGUCAAAUUCCAGAAUUCUUAGCAAUACUUCGUUCCUUGAAAAUUUUGAAUUUGUCGUACAAUAAGUUUGAAGGCAUGCUACCACGUGAAGGAGUCUUUAAGAAUGUUACCGGUACUUUUAUUAUUGGGAACAAUGAGCUCUGCGGCGGACUGCCAGAAUUUCACCUCCCCGAUUGCAUCUCCAAAAGCUCUAAGAGCAAAAAAAUCAAUAUAGUGAUAUUGUCCACUUGUAUUAUUUUCGGAGUUCUUGGAGUAGCUGUUAUUCUUGCUUUUAUAAAUCUUUGCUGGUUGAAGAAGAAAGUAAAUAAACCAGUUCCCAGUUUGAUAAAUAGUUCGUGUCCGAACAUAUCUUAUGGAGAACUCCUAAAAGCAACAGAUGGUUUUUCUUCAACGAAUUUGAUUGGUGUUGGAAGCUUUGGUUCCGUUUACAAGGGAAUACUCAAGGACAAUGGAAUUGCUAUUGCCGUGAAGGUGUUUCAUUUAGUCCGUCAUGGUGCUCUAAAGAGCUUCAUAGUCGAGUGCGAGGCAUUAAAAAACAUUAAACAUCGAAAUCUUUUGAAGACAUUGACGGUUUGCUCCAGUAUUGAUUAUCAAGGAAAUGAUUUUAAGGCCGUAGUAUAUGAAUUCAUGGACAAUGGAAGCCUCGAACAGUGGCUACACCCAAGCGCAACAUCAUCUCAUGGGAAUGUGCUUCCGAAAAAGUUGAACUUCAUUCGGAGGCUAAGCAUAGCCAUUGGUGUUGCUUCUGCACUGGAUUAUCUUCACCACCAAUGCCACUUCCCAAUCCUUCAUUGCGAUCUGAAGCCAAACAAUAUCCUCUUAGAUGCUGAGAUGGUGGCGCAUCUUGGCGACUUUGGACUGGCGAAAUUCUUUCUUGGAUCAUCCCUUGAUACGGUAGCUAAUCAGAUGAGCUCGGUGGGUCUUAGAGGGACAAUUGGUUAUACUCCCCCAGAAUAUGCAACGGGAUGUGAGGUCUCAAGAGAAGGCGAUGUCUAUAGUUACGGGAUCCUCUUGCUAGAGAUGUUCACGGGAUUGAGUCCCACCGACAACAAAUUCGGAGACAAUUUGACUCUCCAUGGUUUUGUCGCAGCGGCUUUGCCUGAACGAGUAUUAGAAGUUACGGAUCGGAUUCUGCUUCUAGAAAGAGAGAGUCGUUUUGACCCUGAUAGUUCUCGACGUGGGCUCUCCGAAAGGAAUGUCAUCUUUCAAGAGUGUUUGGUUAUGAUAUAUAACAUCGGAAUCACUUGUUCCAAUGAAGUGCCAGGAAAACGGAUGACCAUCAGCGGUGUUGCGAAUCAGCUGGAAAAGAUCAGGGAAAAACUCUUUCGAUUGGGCUUACAUGAACAAGAUGAGCUACCGCAGGUUAUGUGA